CCUAGGCAUCAAGGCCUUACUUUAUCCACAAAGAAAAGAGUUGGGUGGCGUUGAAUUUAAUGGAUUUGGAAUCUUUGAUUACUGCCCAAAGAAAAAGCAACAUCAGGAAUCAAUCGUGCCAGCCAAAGUAAGCUUACUUAUCUACCCUAUUUUACUGCAUAUGCUGGGCAAUGCAUGAGUCUAUAUAUACAACCAACUGUCAAAUCUCCAUCAAGUAUAUUUGCAUACUCGAUACAUCAGUUGCUCAAAGAGACAGAACAAGUUCCCUUUGUUUUUGUGUCAAAAUGCCUGGCUUAGAGACUCAAGAGAACAAGCCUCCAGCAGGAUACCCAAUUGACACUCCCACCACUGGGAAGAAAUGCUUCCCUCGCACAAAAAAGAAGGGAGAAAGAGGCUUUAUCGAGGGAUGCCUCUUCGCUCUAUGUUGCUGUUGGAUCUGUGAAAUGUGCUGCUAGAUUGUGAUCCAAAUAGCGAAACUUCUGUACUGGAUGUGUUGUCUUUGAUUUUCCUGCUUUUCUGUGUGAUCAUUUAUUGUAAAAAAAGUGAGAGAUUUUAUUAAAACGUCUUCAAACAGCCUGUAAGGUAUUUCAUUA